CCUCACAGAUACCAUGCUCCAGUUUCUGCUUGGAUUUGCUUUUGGCAAUGUGGCUGGAAUGUAUCUGGCCCAGAACUAUGACAUACCAAAUCUGGCUAAAAAAAAAAAAAAACUUGAAGAAAUUAAAAAGGACUUGGAUGCUAAGAAGAAACCCCCUAGUUCAUUAGGCGGACUCCAGCACCGCCUUCUGGAUCCACUUGGGAUGGCCUAA